AUGGCAUCGAAGGAAACUACCGCGUGGCAGGAUAAGCUGAACGAGUUCCUGAGGAGUCGCGAUGAGGGAGAUUGGAGUGGCGGAGCAAUCGGGCGAUAUGUCAAGCCAUUCUUGCCAAUAUCCGCUACUGCCACGGACGUGAUUGCCGCGCUACGGUCGGCGCUUGAGGUAAUUGAAAAUGACCAGUCGUUUUCUGAUGCAAAGCGAAAGAAGGCGCAUCUUCUGGCAAAACAAAAGACUCUGCACUCGAAAGUCCAGUCAGAAAUCGACCGUCCACAGCAGCUGUCCACCACAUCCGCAACCCGCAUUCGCGUUGAAAAGUCCAAGGGCGCUGUGAUUGCCAACAAUGGUGUUGGAAAUAGUGGCAACACCAUCUCAAAUACAUUCACGGCACCCUCUCGGAAGCUCCGCAAGCGAAAGGCGGACAGUAUCACCGGAGGCGGCAGUGUCGACGCCGGCGGCGACAGCGAUGGGAGUACCGACAGGGGCAAGCGCGGUGACAUCAAACGUCUAAUGGGGUCGGCACCGUCAAACUCGUUGAUGGCAAACGGCGUCGCGCUCUGCGGAGUACCCGCGCGCCUGUCGCUCAACUACCCAAUCCUAGGAAACGCCUUGGAGGGCAACGAGUUUGAUGUUGCCGAGUUGCAACCGAUGACGGAAUUGGCCCGUGUCCCGCUGAAGGACGUGAGGGAGGCCCUCGUCAGGCUUAAGAGCCACGGAGCGAUAGAUGUGGCGGCGGGGUUGAACUGCCCGUGGGAUUUGAUGAACCGCGAGGCGGGAGUCGCGGCAACCCUCAAUGGCACAGAAAGAACCAUUGACCGACAGGUCUGGUCCCGAUGGAUGGACUUGCUGGAAGAGCCAGGGAUGUUGAUCCGAUACGGGGAGACCGGAAGCAGCUCGCAUCAAACGGUCCGUGGAGGGGAAACAGUUUGCCUCGUAGACUGGACGGCACGCGGAGACGAGAUCCUAGCUGGCGAAAGCAUCGGGGCAGCGAAAGCCGGCGAGAGAGACACGAAAAUCCGAAAGUCGGCCCGGAGUGCGCAGGACACGGCCGUCCGCUUGUUGUCCCGCACCCAUCGCCGCUUGGAGGUCCCGUGGAUUAUCUUCUUUAAGGAGAUGGCGCUCGUCUUCCUUGUGAAGCCGAUGAACGGGGCAGGCAAUGUGUGCAAGGCCGCCUUUGUCGGCACUGUCAAGAACUUGUACCUUUCGGCGGAGGAAGACAUGGUGCCCGACCUUGUGAACGGUGCUGCCAUCAUGCGUCUUGUCCGCGACCGGCUGGCUAGGAUUCGAGUGGCACUGAACGCCACGCCAGAUGUUAAGGAGCUUGUGGUCCAACCCCUAGCAGGGAAGUCGACGCCAGUCAGCAAGCGCAAGGCCGGAGCAUACCGAGGGGCCCUCCUGAACUACGCGUCGCCAGCAAACUCAGCGGACAUGCGUGGCGCUGCCUUGUCAUCUUUCUCUCCUCUCUCUUCCGUCACGCGUCCUCCUUCCCCGCUUGCGGUGGAGCCAAGCUCCUCGGGAAUGCCUCGUCCGUUGCGUUUUGGCCGUACGAACGCCCCGGCAACGUGUCCAAGCCCUUUGCUUUCUCCGCUCGCAACCGCCCGUGAGCCCAUUGAGCCACAUCCCAUCCCGCAUCCUCAGACUCCCCCGGCAGCUCUUCCCGCCGCGGUAUGGGAGGACGCCUCUAUGCCGGCGUAUGAGCCUUUUGCCCAGGAUACGCCGGAGCGCGCGUGGAGAGUGAGAAUGACGACGCUUGCUGAGGACUCCGUCGUAAGGUCCACCAACAUGUCCUUCGAGAUCUUCUGUGCGGUGAAGGUGCUUGCAAAAUCCUGGGACCGUGCUGCAUGA